UAAAGGAAAGAGAGAAAGAAAGAAAGAGAUACAUAUAGAAAAAGAGAGCGGCGCUGGCCUAAAAAGGACGAAUGCUUGUUGAAGAAAGAAAAAAAGAAACGCUGAGCCAAUCAUUCUUCGUUAAUCGCACUCUCUUAUCGCAAUUCUGGCGCGAGAAAGAUAUACGAAGGUAUAUAUUCGUUGUUCUUAUACAUCACUACGUUCGCAACGACCGUAACUGCAGGAUCGAAAAUAUUUUCAGUUAGGAUCAGGUGAGACAAUUUUGCAAACGUUUUGCAAGACGAUAUGGCGUAUUUUGAUGCCGAUAUGGAUGCCGAGCCGAUCUUUGAUAGGAUGGAUACAGAGUACACGAUAUAUGUGAAAAAUUUGCCAUCAGAGUUAGAUGAGGUUGCUAUUAAAGAAGUUUUUAAUCAGUAUGGUAAAAUUAUUGGAAUGUUGUAUCCUCAUAAUGCCACAUGGGCUUGUAUUACAUAUAAAUCAUAUCGUGAAGCGGAACAAGCUAUACGGGAACUCAAUAAUAAAAAACCAUUAUAUUUAAAAGUUGCACUUGCAAAAGAAAGAUCUGUUAUAAGGGAGGACAAAUUGCCAAAAUCAUAUGUAUCAGAAGCUUCUGGAGGAAGACCAAGAGCAAUAGAUACUGUUGUAGAACUACCUGUGUCUACUCGCAAUGAUAUGAGACACCAAAAUGGUGUGGGUCGUGGCCAAACACUGAAUGCGCUUCGUAAGCAUUUUGUACCACAAAUGACAUUGUCAGAUAGAUAUGCAGAGAAUGUACCUUUAUUUUCACAAGCGUCUAAUCUUUAUGAAAUCGAGGAACCUACUGUGAACACAAAUAGAUUAUGGACAAGAGGUGUAAUAACUGUCACAGAAGAUGGACGAAGACAUGUAUCACUUGGACGUGGUUAUACACUAUAUGAAUUUCCAGAGCAGAACCCUAAGGUUGAAGAAUGCAUUGUACAUGUAUUGGAAAAACGACAUAAUGGAUUAUAUGAAUAUGGAGAGGACAAACUUAAGAAUGGAGUACAAAGGUGCCUUAUUUGUUCUAAUAAAACAAAUAAACAUUGUGAAAAAUGUAACACAUAUUAUUGUAGCAAAGUGUGUCAAGAAAGUGAUUGGCCAAGACAUCAAGUCCAAUGUCAACGGAUACCAAGAUUAGUGGAAGAACCAAUUAAUGACAUGUCGUUAUUGCAAAUUAGCAAAGAUGAAAACCAAACGAAGAUACCAUCAAUGUCAAAUAAAACAAUUACAAGUAAAACAAUUGCAUCUAAUGAGAUAAAAUUACGGCGACCUAAUGCAUCUAAUGCAAUGCAGGCAGAGAAUCCAAACAGCACAAAUGCAAAUAUUAAUAUGCAUAAGAAUAAUGUGGAUAUUACAAACUGUUCUACCAAUAGUGAUAUUAACAGUCAGGAUAAACAUAUGUCUAUUCAUGAUAAUAAUACUAAUAUAUCUCACACUGAAACAAUAGAUCAACAAACCUUAAGUACAAUGAAUACUAAAGAUUUUUCUAAACAAAAUCAGUUGCACAGAUAUAAUAAUAUUAAGGACAAUACUGAAAAGUCAAGAAGAAAUGAUGGAUAUUCUUCGACAACAUCUAAUUUCACUAACCAAAAUCAUAGUCACAAUCAUCAAAAUGGUGCUAUAAAGAAGACUAAUCCUCAUAAAGAAAAAUUCGAUAAUAGCAAUUUAAGAAGCAAAAGUUCCAAUAAUGAUAGAAGUCAAUCUUACCAAAAGAAUGAAUUGCAGAAUGACAGAAAAUCUACUGCUUACAACGACAGAGAAAUUGUCGAUAGACAAGGAAGUAGCUCGAGCAAUAGUAUUGCGAUGGACGACGAUCUAGCUUUUUAUAAGAAUAUGUAUUUAUCAAAAACAGAAUUCACAGAAGUAGAAAUUUUAAUACCAUUGAACAAUGGCGAAUAUUGGAUAUCCACAUUAAAAGAUUUGGAGACGUGCACGAAACUAAUGACGGAGUUACAAAGUGUUGCAAAAAAAUCACGUAACGUGCAACCGAUUAUCGGUAAUAUUUAUGGCGUACUUUACGAAACACUUUGGCACAGAGCUAUGAUAAUAUCCCUGAAUCCUGUAAAAGUUCAUUUUAUCGAUUAUGGUAACGAUGAAAUACUACAAAAAGAUGCUGAGAUCAGAGAUAUAUCAGAUAUAAUUAAAGUUCCUAAUCUUGCUAGAAAAAUUCGCUUGACAUCAGCCACAAAUGAAAAGUACAGAGAUUUCCAAUAUGGCGAGAGAAUCUUUGUUAAAAUGUUAUCCAUAGAUGCUGAGAAAACGAUAAUAGUAGAUGUGAAAGAGCAAUCGAGAAAAUUAUCUUUACAUAUGGAAAAUGCUUCAAAUAUGAAUACUACAAUGGAGAAAUCUAUACGACAAGAAAACUUAAAAGUAUCAAAUGAAAAUAUAAAGGCUUCCAUGGCUCAGACACCACCUACUAUCUUAGAUGGUUUCGCUGAUUUGUUCAGCAAAAAAGCGAUUCCGGAAUUAGAAUUUGUGGGUUUCAUUCAAAUUUACGAAUCUGUCCAAGAGAAUGUCUAUAAUGCAACUUUGGGCCCCCAAGAUUUUACUGCUGAAAUCGAGGCGAUUUUCAAUGAGUUGCAAGAGGAGUGCAUGAAAACACAAGAAUCUGUGCAUUAUAUUCCACGAGUAGAAGAUUUGAUUUGUGGUGAAGGGAAGGAUGCCUGGUGUAGGGGAUAUAUCUUACCAUCUUCGACAUCAUCCGAUUUACAUAUUAUUGCAAUAGAUGAAGCUAAAUAUAUGAGUGUAAAUAAAAUUUUACCAUGUCCUAAAAGAUUCUUAAAUAUUCAUGCUACUGGAGUAAUAUGUGAAGUAAGCCAUCCUAACAAAUUGACAGCGGGAGAAAUAUAUCAAUUCACAACAAUCAUGAAUGAACAAAACCACAAGCAAGAAAAUCUCAAAAUAAAAAUAUUUAAGGAGUCUGAAUUUGUAUGUGAAGCUAUGAUGAAGUCCUGGAAAUUUAUGACAAAGUCGUCAUUUCCUGCAUUUUCCGAAAUAAAAAGUGGAUCUAAGAUAUGUUUCACCAGUUAUCGAAAUCAUUAUCAAGUAUUUGCGCGUUCUUUGGAUGAAGAGGCAAUAGAAUAUUAUAACAAUAUUAUGCAACAUGUUGCACAAUGUGCACGAACAGCACCGCGUCUAUCCGAUCCUCCAUAUAAUAAGCAAGCAGUCAUCGCGCCAUUCUCUGAUAACAAUAGUUAUCGCGCGUUGGUCAUAAACACGCAGAAUGAUAAGGCUAAAAUAGUAUAUACAGAUUUUGGAAAUGUGGAUGAUGUUGACAUAAGAGACCUUCAAGUUUUGCCAGAAACCUUGGCACUGCAACGAAGUUGUUCAGCAAAGAUAAGUUUGAAAAAUGUCCCUUCUGAAGUUUCUAUGAACACAGAAGUAGAUCUUUUCCUUCGCGAGUUGGUAGGCAACGAAACAUCCCUGAUAUGUGCAUAUGAGGGUGAUCCAUUGAAAGAUGGAGUUCAUUUGACGUUGCCUACAGGAGAAAGUGUUAACGAUAAGAUAAACCAAUUAUUGACACCAACUUGGAAACAAACGGACCAUUGUGAUAACACUUGUUACAUGAUAAACGAUGUAGAAUUUGCCAGUUUAGGACAAGUGGGUGAUAUAUUAAAUGCAUUGGUGCUACAUAUACCAAAAGAAGAUGGUGGCACAAGAUACAUGAUAGGUCCCUGCGAUAUCGAGCUGUAUACUCAUGUUACUGAAGUGAUGCCCAAAUUGUUAAGAGAAUAUUGCGAGAAAACGGAAUAUUAUAUACCUCGAGAAAAUGAAUUGUGUUUGGCACUGUAUCAGAAUGAGUGGUAUCGUGCAGAAUGCCUCAAUCCAAAAAAAUCAUAUACCACAGCUGUAGUUUUCUACAUUGAUUAUGGUAAUAUAGAAACAGUGGAACAUAAGAAUAUAAGAUUAAUGCCUAAAGAUUUCAUUACGCCUGCGGUAAUGGCAAAUGUCUGUACAGUUGUCAAUUUGGCACCUGUCGACAAUGCAGGCAAUUAUUCACCUAUCAUACGAGAAAAAAUAGCAGAAUUAAUACAAAACAAUGGAUCGGUUGUAAAAAUUAAAAUUGUGGAAAUUAUGGAGCAAGGAAUAUAUAAAAUUGAAUUGGUAGAAGUAAAAAAUACGUUAAUAGAAGAAGGUCUCAUAUCGUCUUCGUAAAAAUUUUAUUUUUUACUUGCAUAUAUUAUUAAGGAUUAUAUGAUCUUAUGCCAGGAUUAAGAUUUUAUUGUUUUUAUUUUAAAUCGUUAUAUUGAUUUAACUCCAUUGAUAUUUCUUAAUCUAUUUUAAACAGUGGACACGGUCAUAUACUCGAUUAUGCACGAGCAAUAUAUGCCUAUUUUUAUUUUGUAUUUUCAAUUUAUCAUCAUGUGUUUUGCGUUUUUAAACAAACAUUUGUUUUAUUUUCCAUGAAUACAUUCAAUAUAGUAUUUCGUUUUGUUUAUAUAAUCAUUAUCUUAUUUUUUUUUUGCUGCAGAGCUAUCUGGUUAAAUAUGAAAGAGCUUUGUAAUUUAUUAAUAAAAUAUUAAUUUUCAUAU